UAAAGUCUUGAAGCUCAAUUCACAACCACAACACUUAGGAGUAAAAACAGCACAAGUUUGGAACCCUAUCUCUUGUUGUAAGAUGGCAGUUGGAAAUAUCACCCUGAACUCGGCCGAAAACUCUCCAAACGAGAGCAGCUGCGAUGUUUUCAUCUACCAGAGAGCUGCUGUGGUCCUCUUCCCUAUUUUCUACUCUGUGGUUUUCAUUGUCAGUGCGUGUGGCAACAGCUUGGUUCUCUACGUGAUCUGCCAGAGGAAGCAGAAGUUUAACUCUACGUCAAUCUAUCUGGUCAACCUUGCACUAUCUGACACCCUGUUCACACUGGCGCUGCCCGGCAGAAUUAUUUACUACAUCCGCCAUUUUGACUGGCCCUUCGGUGACCUUCUCUGCAGACUGACCACACUACUCUUCUUCGCAAAUACGUAUGCAGGUAUUGGCUUCAUGACCUGCAUCAGUCUGGAUCGAUACCUGGCCAUGGUGCACCCCCAGCGGCUUCCGUGUCUGCGGAGUGUGAAGGUUGUUCGCAGGGUCUCCUGUCUGGUCUGGGCUCUGGUGUUCCUGGAGGUAGCUCCUCUGAUGUUCCGCAGUAUGCUUCGCGAGCACCAAGGAAGACAAACCUGUAUGGAAUACUUCAACUUCGAGGGCUCCCGCUUCACCCCGUACCUCCUGAUCCUGGCCUGCACCGUCUCCUUCUGCUGUCCCCUCAUCAUCAUCAUGGCCUGCUACGCUAAGAUCAACCUGAAGCUACGAGCUGCAGCAAAGCACAACUCUGUAACCAGUCGAUCGAAGAGGAAUCACAGGGCCAACACCAUUAUCCUCCUCAUCCUCCUCACCUUCAUCAUAUGCUUCAGCCCUUACCACCUCAACGUUAUGCAGUUCAUGUCUCGAAAGAUACACCACCAGGCGACCUGCGAGGAGCUGAGGGCCUUUAAGGUGUCCUUACAGAUCACAGUUUCGCUCAUGAACUUCAACUGCUGUUUGGACCCAAUCAUCUACUUCUUUGCCAUUAAGACCUACAAGAAGCGAGUGCUAAGCCUGUUUAAGGACUAUCUGUAUACUUCCGGUGCCUCCACCAAAAUGACAGCUGAGAACAGCAGCAGUAACACCUGAGAGAAACCACAGGAGGAAUACAACCAGAGCCACAGAGAAGACCUAGUUUAGAUGAGCCUAUUUUAGUCUCUCACUUUGACUAAGAAGUCUUUAUGUGGGUUAUUGUGGCAAUUGUGCAUGUGGAGUAAAGGUGCGAUAUAAUGCAGAAGAAAUACAGUUUGCAGGGGAAACAAAUACUUGUUAACC